AUGCGGCCGACGGUGGGCAUCGUGUACACGGCGCGCAGCGCGCUGUCGAGGGAGGAGGCGCAGCUGGCGCGGUACGUGGCGCUGUGCGUAGCUGCGAGCGGUCGCUGCGCCAAGACGUGGCUCGUGGGGGCGGACGCGACGCUGCGGGUCGCCGAACUGCUGCACAAGAAGCUGGGCGGCAAGCAGCAGGACAAGCAGCCCAAGCGCGUGGUGCUGAGUCUGCAGACGACGAUGAGGCGUCUUGCGCAGCUCAACUCGGCACUGCCGGACGCCAUUGUGCUGCACGGAGGAGCGGCGUUCCAGGUCGUGCAGGACGAGAAGGGGGUGCUGCGUCCGUUGUCCAAUGGGUGCUUCUUCGUGGAGAGACUAAGCAAGGAGAAAACCUCGGCUCUUUAUGCGCUGGAUGUGUUGGAAGGAACGGGCAUCCAGGUGCUCAGCCGACACAAUAUUCAAGCGCUGAAGUGGGGCUGCACGAUGUUGCGCAGCUUCUACUACAUCAAUGCACUGACAGGAAAGAGCGUUCUUGACGGAAUGCGUGAUAGGCAGACGCGUUUCCUCUUUCUGCAAGCGCUGAUGGAGAUGGAUGAACUGUUUAGUGUGGUGGUGCAAAGUGUUGCUGCCGCAAGCACUAAGUCUGGUCGCGCGGGUGGAGACUCAAAGCCGGACACUAGUGCUGCCACACUAUUUCCUGUGCGAUCGCUUAUGGUACUUCUUCCUUUGCCCGAUUGGAUCUUUAACGGUUUUGUGCACCGAGUCUUCGACCUCGGUUUGGGUGCUCCUUCAAGCAAAGAGACUGCUGUUGUGACGUCAGACUUAGGAGCAACACCACCGUUACAGACGAACUUUGAAACUGAGUUCCGUGACAUUUUCGAGUUGGCAUCAGGACGCAACAUGGCUCUACCAGCUUUGGAAAUGGUGCAGAAGAAGCUUUUGGCCUUCAGAAAGCAACAACUUCAAGAGCUGAAGGAUGGCGUCAGUGCCAAGACGUCGCUGCGUAUUGAUAGUGGAGUGUUGCUGGCAGAUGUGAAACUUUCGCCUCACUGCACUGCAGCAUCUCGCACCUUCUUUUUGAAAGUGUUUGCCACGUUCGUGCUUACAUUGUUGCUGGGGCUGUUCCUCUUUGUCUGGUAA